CACGCCCGAUCAGGUAACACUCGAACCCCCCGAUGGCCAGCCACGACCCCCAACCAUGAUUAUUAUCCCCAACGAUUGAAUACCGUUCUUGCAUCGAGCCUUGGUCUAUGGGGAUGGCGACCGCCGACGAGAGCAUCGACGCGGAGGAAACCCGACGGUCCUCAAUCGAGAAACAGCCCAUCGUCGUGUCCGAUGCCGAAAUCGAUGUCGCCGAAGACGAGCCGUCGGCCUUUGAGCGGCUUCCCGACGAGAUUAUUCAACAGAUCCUCCAGGCCACGGAUUCUAAUGGCUUCGCGUCGCUAGCCCUGCUCAACACGAAAUGGAGAAGCGUCGCGCAACAAGCGCAUCUCUACGCCCACCACCUGGCCGGCUGUCCAUCCUACGCUACGAGCCAUAGUGGGCCUCCCCAGGUCGCCGGCGAGGAUGACCUGCCCAAACUGCGUCGGCUCUUCGCCAGGGAGGUUAAGCGUAACCUUUUCGAGGCCUAUCUCCGUCCUAGCCAGACUAUCAUCAAAAUCAUCUCGAACUCGAUCAGCUCCUCGUCAUGUCCCGGCGGCGAAGGCAUCCAAUUCAGUCCCUCACCGAAAGGCCACCACCUACUGGCUUACAACUCGUCCAGGAUACACGUCAUCGACGUUCGGGGGACCGAGGUCGUGGUAAAGAGAGAAUUCAAGAUUCUGCGCCGCCCUGCCGCGACUUGCAUUAAUGACGAAGGCACCAUGCUUGCCGUCCUGCUGACCGAGAUGGAAGUCGAUGUCUACGAUCUCACCCAGACACCGCCGAAGAGGACUCAGUCCUUGAUUCUGGAUCACAGCCCCCGUGCCAUCGCUCUGUCUCCUUGCGGCAAUGUCUUGGCCGCAGCGUACGAGGGAGGCAUUGAAGUCUCCUCACUGAACCCGGGCGCCCUGGCGACUGAGAGGAGAGCAGUUAAAUGCGACGGAGUCGACGCUCUCACCUUCUCGUUCGACGGAACCCAGAUUCUAGGCACGACGGUGCAUUCAUCGCAGCCAAACACUGUCAUACUAACUGCCCCCUACUAUGACCCAGCCAGUCACAUGGCCGAUGAGGAGAACAUCAGUGCGCUAUGGACAACCUCGAUACUUUUCCCAAACACGAGCCGCGACUGUAGUCACGCCGUGUUGAUUCAGAACGCUAGGCACGAAGAAGCAAGCUGGACAUUUACCUAUGAUCGAUGCUUUGAGACCUUCCGGGCAGUGCGUGUUGACGACCUGCGGAACGGCACGACCUACUUUACUGGGCCGUUGCCACCGAGCUGCGACUCGCAAACCAGGCUGCUCCCAUGCACGUUGCCCGCUGCAUCGUACCAUGGCGAACUCGUCUCUGCUGGCUUCCAGGGCAAGGAGAUCUGGCUCUAUGGGAUACCGGAGGACCUAGACGCGGUGCCUGAGGCCACCGCAAAUACCGCUACGGAAAAUGGGCCCAACGCGGCCGGCCUGUUUCGCCGAAAUAGCGGCCCUUCUUCCCGCUCGACUGCUAGGAUACAAGACAGUAAUGAAUCAGCCAGGGUCCCGCAGUGGCAGAUUUUAUGUGACAAGCUACGAAACACGUUUGUGGGAGGCUACAAGGUUGGCGAACUGGAAGGAGUCAACCUGGUGAAGUUUGUCGCGGAUUUUGCAGACUCAUCCAUGAGGGAGCGACUGAUUAUCGCUGCUCGUGGAGUGGUGCACAACAUAUGCGUGACUGAUGAUGAGGGUAUUGAUUUCGCUGACGGCGGCCGGAUCACCAUCAUGGAUUUUGACUAUGGAGUCCGCAACGGUACUGUCAGGGAAUGCACCAUCGAAGUCGGGACAAAGGAGCCUGAGGUGCUGGAAGAGGAACACCGCGACCUGGCCACAGAGGUUGCCAUCGUUCGUCGACGGACAGUUGCUCAGAAGAGGCAGAGCCGCGGCGCCGCUCUCAUCCGCAGCACCACCAGCGCAGCCCGCCCUUCCCCGCCGCUGCCAAAUCAAUCGACCACGGGCACCGAAGACGAUGACGACCCGCUUGUCCCUCGCCGGAUCGGAGCGCUUCCUACUAGAAGAGCUGAGCUGGCUGCGGCAGAAACUGAGGAAACGGAAACCCAGUCCAUCGAAGAGCAGGAAGCCCUGGAUGCGCCCUAUGUGCAUACGAGCCCUCGCUCUGGGACAACACUCCGCCGAGCAGCGACUGCCGCUGCGAACACCCGACGGUUGCAUCCGUCUGCAGCUGCAGGCCACAUCGUAUAUCGAAGAGCAGACGGCCGCGCCGAGCAUCCGCACGAGAGUGACGCGGACAAUUGGGUCCCACCACCGCCCCCAUACCAAAAGGAGGACCCCGGCGAUCUGCCCUCGUUUCUCCGUCAUGCCGCAAUUCUUCCCCUCAGCCCUAGCGUGCAGCCUGUCCAGGACCAAAGCCCACCACAGCCGCCAGCAAAGCAACCGAAUCGAAACUCGUCGGCAACCCUACAUCAGCAGCCUCGUCGCACCCAAACACUGGGCGCCAAUAGACACUCGUCUCCUAUUCCUCCCGUUCCUCCUCUUCCAUCGCUCUCCAGUCUGCCUCCUAUCCCACCUGUCCCACCCCUUCCGCAGGGUGUAAUCGGCUCUCCAUUACCACAGAUUCAGUACACGCCCCAGACUCCUUUACACCCAUCUGGCCAGAGUGCUAGAUCUCUCCAUGGGGAUGCCCCGCGACCUCCAUCCAGGAAUUCCCGGUAUCUUGAAGGGGACAACAUUUACGAUGUUUCACCGCCCGACUCACCUGCCAUGCGCCCCGUAGGACAGCAUACCUCUCGUGAUCCGAGCGAUGGACGGACUGUGAGCAACUCGGCGACGCCUCCCGAAAUACCCUCGGUGGCGCCUGCGCCGCCUCCAAAGGAUGUGCCGCCCCAAACUGUCACCGGAACUCGGAUGUCCACGGAGGGCAGGGCCCCAGCACCGCUCAAUUUGCAAAUACCAUCCCAAGGAACAACUACCGGCAUGCCGCCUGUGAGCAACGUGUUGCCCAACGGAGAUGGGCCAAUGCGCCCUAUUUCUGUCUCGAGGACUUGGCCAAUGCAGCCCACGGGAGCCAUAAUUAACCCUGGACCAUCGGGGUAUCCAUAUUCGGCACCCCCUGUCAACAGCAGCCAAGAUUCAACUCAAUCGUUUUCGCAUGUCCCGGCUGCCGGACAGCUACCAAGCCUCGGCACGCGGCCGCUGUCGGGGAGCUUUCCGCUGCCCAGCAUGCCAAUUGACAGCCGCACGGGCUCCGAGCAUGAUUGGCGGCGGACCUCUUACCAACGCCCUGUGUCACAGCAAGCCCACUACUCCUUGCCCCGCCAGGCACAACCACCAUAUCAGUCAUCCAGCUCCCGCAAUACGAUCCACGAGCCGCAACCCCGCCAGCCGCACGACGGGUCUCCUAUGCCCCCGGGCGAGGAGAUGCCACUCAUCAUCAGCACGCCAAAAGGCGUCUCAGGCGCUUUUGAUCCUCCCGAGCGCCGCAUCUCGGGCCGUCAUGCAGACGCGCCCAUUCUCGCGCCCGUGCCGCGCCACCCUCGCCCAAACACGCAAGCAGCCAUCUUGCGUCCCGGCCCAGAACGUCCCGACCCAGGCCCGGCCGUUCUGGGGAGCUACCCGAACUUGAACGUGCCGCCCGUGCCGGCAUCGGUAGCUUCGCCGGUAAGCAGCUUCAGCUUCACGCGUCGCGUGCCGAGCCUGAGCAGGAGGGCGAGCCGUGCGGAACGGAGCGCGGCCAAGAACGUGGCCGACGCCAAGAAGCGCGGCUGGAGCGGCAGGUCCACGAGAGGCAAGAGCAGACGGAAAAAGAAGGAGCAGCGCGAUAUGGAUGCUGCCAGCAGCGCUGCCUGGACUGAUGUCACUACGUACAGCACUGGUGCGAACGGGAAUGCGAGUGCUUAUUCGAGAGCGCCGUCUAGAAUGGGGGCGUUCUUUGGGGCAGCGCAGGGCAAUGGGCAGGGUCCUCAGCUUGGCGGGAGGGAGGUAAGGAGGGAGAGGGAGAAGAGGUGUGUGGUUAUGUGAUUUCGUUAUUUCUCCUUUCGUUCCAUUCCUCUAUUUGGCUAUCAUUAUGGAUUGGG